UACCAAAUAAAAUAUUGUGCUUGUUCCAGUAAUUGUAUAUCUACAAAACAAGAAACCAAGAGAAUGGUGAGACCCGAGGACUACUACAAUCACAUUUCAGGUCUCCGAAGAGAGCCAAGUGUUCUCACUGACGUCCCUCGUUACCCAAACGCUCAAAUGGCCUUCAACAAGAGGCAGGUUGUUUAUGAGGAUGAUGAGAUCGAAGCUGUUCGAUACAACGAAGGAUCUCGUCACGGCAUCCACCACCACCACCACAACAACAACCCAGAGAUCCUCCGUGAGAAGGUUGAAGUGAUCAGGUAUGAAGAAGAACCAUCUCAGGUAGGAUAUCGUGAAGAAGUGAUAUACGAAGAUGUUCGAAGGAACCGACCAGGCGGUCUUGAGUUGCACAAAUGGAAGACAUACAGGCCAUAAGCAGCUGCUAUAGCUACUUUGCUAGGCAGGCUAUAUAUCUUAACAAAACAUCACUCAUGUGUUUCUAUUAAAUAAAUUCCUGCUUAGCCACCCGUUAUCAUGUAUCCAUCUUAUUAAUAAACCAUAUAUAUCUAUAUAUAUACCAUGUGUGCGAUGGCUUAAUUAUUGUUUAUUUA